AUGGUUCUGAGUCAUAUUGGCGUUUUACAGUGCAUGAUGUGGAUUGAUCUAACCCAGCAAUGGGUCAUUGGCCUGACUUCACCGACAGAUAACUAUGAUACCUAUAAACUGUGUGGUCUGAAUGGUAACUGUAACGUUGGAAACAAUCCGGUAUGUGGUUGUUUGAGUAAAUUUGUGCCCCAGAACCAAACGCAAUGGGGAAAUGGAGAUUGGUCUAAUGGGUGUGUUCGGAGGACACUGUUGGAUUGCCAUAAUGAAGAUGGAUUUGUCAAGUAUUCAGGCUAUAAAAUGCCUGAAACACGGAACUCCCAGUUUGACAGGAACAUGACACUCAAGAAAUGCGAGAUAGUAUGCUUGAAAAGCUGCUCUUAUAUGGUUUAUGCAAAUUUAGACAUAAGAAGAGGUGGAAGUGGCUGCUUACUUUGGUUUGAUGAGUUGAUUGAUAUGAGAGAGUUAAAUGCAAAUAAGCAAGACAUUUACAUAAGGAUGGCUUCCUCUGAGUUAGAACAUUGUAAGGGUAUGUUGAAAGGAGGACAAGAAAUAGCUAUGAAGCGGCUCUCAAAGAAUUCUAGCCAAGGAAUUGAUGAGUUUAAGAAUGAAGUUAUAUGUAUUGCCAAACUUCGAAAAAUUUGGGAUCUUCCAUUGAGGAAUACUGUUAAAAAUCCAUGCAUCCAAUUAGCAAGAGCAAGGACUACACCAGACAAAAUAAUUUCCAGAUCGAAGCCGAAGCACAUUACUAGAGUGGCCGAAGUGCUUCCAUAUCGGGGGCUUUUAUAUCUUCAUCAAGAUUCCAUACUGAGAAUUAUUCAUAGAGAUCUCAAAGCUAGCAAUAUUUUGUUGGAUAUUGACAUGAAUCCAAAUAUAUCAGACUUUGGAGUGGCUAAAAGUUUUGGAGGAAAUGAGACACAAGCAAAUACAAAUAGAGUAGUUAGAACACAUGCUUACAUGGCCCCAGAGUAUGUAGUGGAUGGGCUAUUUUCAGUCAAAUUAGAUGCGUUCAGCUUUGGUGUUUUGGUACUGGAGAUUGUGAGUGGGAGGAGAAACAGAGGUUUUUUAUGUGUGGAACAAUGUCCAGAAGACAAGCCAAGCAUUUCUUUUGUGGCUUUGAUGUUGGGUAGUGAAGGUCCAUUGCCUCAGGCCAAACAACCUGGCUUCUUCACUAAAAGGAAUGUUCUUGAGGCUGGUGGUUUGUGA